AGUCGCCGUCUGCGCGCGAGAGUGACCGCGCGCCCCCACAGUUAUGUCGGCCAACGGCACCGCGCCCGCGGAGUCGCGGCUCUGCCACGUGCGGAAGGUGCCCAACUUCGACGGCUACGGCUUCAACCUGCACGCCGAGAAAGGCAAGCCCGGCCAGUACAUCGGGAAGGUGGACGAGGGCUCCCCGGCCGAGACCGCGGGCCUCAAGCGCGGGGACCGCAUCCUCGAGGUGAACGGGCAGAGCAUCGCAGGCGAGACCCACAAGCAGGUGGUCGCGCGGAUCAAGCAGCGGCCGGACGACGCGGAGCUGCUGGUGGUGGCGGCCGCGCCCGGCGAGCUGGUGCCGGACUUCGACACCGUCGACCGGCCAGCGUCGGCGGGAUCCGGGUCGGCGUCGUCCGGCACGCAGGCGGACUCGCCCGCGCCGGACGCCGCGCCGGCGGAGGCGCCGCGCCUCAACCUGCAGAUGACCGCGGCCGAGAUGCGGGCGCACCUCGCCGCCAAGAAGAAGGUGGACCCGAAGAAGGUGCCGAUGGAUUUGAAGUCCAAGUUCGAUAUCGUGAAGAAACUGUAGAGUGCCAGUGCAGUGCGCGAGUGUGUGAGGGAGGGGGCGGGCGGUGUUGCCAGCUCGCGAGCCGCCGCGGUGACAUCAGGCCGCCGCCGGCCGGUGCGCCCGACCUCGUAGCCUUCCGAUUUUGCCAUUGAUGUAUGUACAUACCGUUUGUUGUUAAGAGUUACGUGAAAUGGAAAUAUUGUUCGUAGGCGUAAUUAUUACUAGGUGAAUUAAUUAAAUUUUUAUUUAAUAAUAAUUAUUAUUUUGUGUUAAUGAAUAUUUUGCGAGUGCAAUUAUUGUUGAGAUGUCAAUAAAGUAUAUGAAUUCUUA